UGACGACAGUCAGAGAGGAUGUAACUCCAGGACUUCCUGUCUUUCUCAGCUUUUUCACAAUAGCUUCUUAAACAACCUUAUAAAAUGGGUUGGGAGAUAUAUGAGUACCGAUGACUUAAGUUUGUUUGGGAUACAGCACGGUGAUGUUGUGACUUUUUGUUGUCGCGUGUAAAUGAAGACGCUGUUUGCUGUUUUAAAGAGAAUGAUGGUGAACUCCCCGUCCCCUUUACCAGAAAGAGCCAUCUAUGGCUUCGUCCUAUUCUUGGGUUCUCAGUUUGGAUUCAUUCUUUAUUUGGUGUGGGCUUAUGUUCCAGAACCUUGGCUGCACUCUUUGGGUUUAACGUACUGGCCUCAGAAGUAUUGGGCAGUUGCUUUGCCCAUGUAUUUGCUAGUUGCCCUGACAAUUAGUUUCGUGCUACUGCUAGGCAUCAACAUGAUGAGCACUGCUCCACUUAACUCUGUGGACACUGUCACAGACAGCUAUGCUAAGAGCCAGCAGGCUCAAGAGUCUGAGAAGGGAGCUGUUCCAAGCUUAAAGGAUGUUUCCAUCAGUGAAGUGAAUCGCAUUUUCUUCCUUUCACCACGCCACCUUAAUCACCAAGUGAAAAGUAACUUGGAAGAAGCUUGUAAAUGAACACAGUCAUUUUCUAGAGGAAUAACUGUUUGGGGAAAAACGGAGAGAAAGCAUACCAGCAUCAUUUCUACUGAGCGCUCAGUUGGGACUGGGGUGCUAGUGCUUAGUUUACCAGGGUGCACGCCCUGGAACUAGAACUUCAGACAUUGCACAUUCUAGCAAUGACCAGGAAUGCUCUGUUUUUUAGACAAUAUGGGCCGUAUUCACAAAGCCUUAAGGUCUGUUUUGAAAAAUUCCCUUAAAUAAAAUAGUGCUUUGAAAAAUGAGAAUAAACUAUUUUUAUGAACUACAAACCUGAUAAAAAAUGUGUGUAGAAUUCUAAACUGUAGUCGCAGUGCAGUCUUCAGAUCCACCACAUUAACAAACAGGUGCACACUAUAUUUAUUUAUUAGCAGUCGUCAAACAUGUUUAGAAUUAACACUGAAUCCUUACUAUACCUAAAUAGAAAUGGUGUUUCUGGGAUUCUUGUGCAGUUUUAGAUUUUAAGAUAAGUCUUGUACAGAACAGUUUUUUUUUUCCUUGUACUGUAUGUCAGUUGUUUUGGGGAAUAUGUCUGCUAAUGAUAAACCUUUAGUUCUGAAAUAAUACCAUGCAAUGGACUUGACAUGAAUAAACUUAGACAUGCUUCCGGCCCUGUUUUGUUGAACCUAUACAUUUAGGUUGAAAUCACUGUUUUGUAUUUGUUUAUCUGAUAAUGGCUGCAGUCCAGAGGCGUCAACUGCGUCUGAAGUCCCAGAUACUUAGGAAUGAAGUUAGCCAGGGUUAAAUACAAAACUGUUUACUCUGAAAGAUAACGAAGAAGAACAGGACCCUUUAUCAAAUCAUUUUCAUAACAAUGUGAGAUCUCUUGUGACAUCAAAGAGACAACGACAAGUAGAAACUGGAGCAAAAUGUAACCAAGCAAUGGUACGGUCAUUAAUUAGCUUUAGGGUUUCAUUAUCACGUCUGACAUUAGUUAGCUUGGGAGAAUGAAGACUAUAUCCUCAUGCAACCCUCCGUAUGCUGUAUACUGCAUGAUGAAUCCUGUUGGCAUAUGUACUUUAAUAAUAAUAUAUAAACCAUACUGUAACAUGCUGUAUAUGUUUUGUACAUACGAUGUUCUCUGUUGCAGUUUUGCCUGUGGUUUCUGAUUGCAGUGUGUUUGUGGUGCAUUUCUAUGCCUUAAAGAAAAAAAAGA